CGUGUAAUAUGAUUUUCUAAGUAGUCUGUGGUAAGUUCUUAAGUCUCUUUACUUUGUGUUCUGAAGUGAUUAUUGUGUCAUAACAUGGAAUAGAAAUUUAUUUAUAAUAUUAUAAUAUAUAAUUGAAUCCCCUAUUAACUAGAAUAUGAAAAAGAAUAAACUCGUUUAAGAUAUUAAUAAAAUGUUUUCAAGAAACAUUACACGUAUAGUCAAAUACGGGUUAUAUGGUAGCGUAGCAGUCGGCGGUACAGUUAGUGCUUUGAAAUUGCAAGAUGAGGACUACAAUUCUCUGGCUAUUGUAAGGAUUACGAGAACUGCUUUUACAGCUGUUGAGAUUGGAAGGACUUACCAAUCUAUGUUAUAUAGCAAGGAAUGGGAUAGAACUUCCCAGGAAUAUUCAGAGGUUAAAAGUCAAGCACAUAGAAUAGGGGCAGAGAAACUUUUGGAAUUAUGUAAAGCUAAUAAAGGUGUGUAUAUAAAAGUCGGUCAGCACGUCGGUGCGUUAGACUACUUGCUACCAAAUGAGUAUGUCACGACAAUGCGUAUUUUGCAUAAGAAUGCCCCACAGAAUACAGUUGAAGAACUGUAUAAAGUUAUUGAGGAGGACUUAAAACAAAAGCCUAGUGAAUUAUUUGAAGAAUUUGAUCCAGAACCACUAGGCACAGCAUCUUUAGCACAAGUUCACAGAGCAAAAUUAAAAGAUGGCAAUGAAGUAGCAGUUAAAGUGCAACAUCAUUUUGUAAGAAAAAAUAUAAAUAUGGAUUUGAGAUGGAUGGAGUUCAUUAUUACAACAAUGUCCAAAAUUUUCCCAGAGUUCCAAAUGCAGUGGCUUGUAGAUGAAACAAAGAAAAAUAUAGCUAAGGAAUUGGAUUUUUUAGAAGAAGGAAAGAAUGCAGAGAAAAUGGCUUCCAUGUUUAAACAUUAUAAGUGGUUAAAAGUUCCCAAAAUAUUUUGGGAUUAUAGCACUGAAAGAGUUUUGGUUAUGGAGUAUGUUGUUGGUGGAUUAGUGAAUGAUACCAAAUACAUUGAUGAACACAAAAUUAAUAGAUUUGAUUUGUGUGCAAAACUUGGAGAUUUGUAUUCUCACAUGAUUUUCGUUAGUGGGUUUGUGCAUAGUGAUCCCCACCCUGGCAAUAUCCUAGUGAAACAGGAUCCAGGGGAUAAGGAAGUGACAGUCUACCUGUUGGAUCACGGUUUGUAUGCUCAAUUAACAGAUAAGUUUAGAUAUCACUAUUCAAAGUUGUGGUUAUCAAUACUAUCUAGAAAUCGUGAAGAAAUGAGAAUCCACUCUGAAGAAUUGGGUAUUCGUAAGGAGUUGUAUGGGCUUUUCGCCUGUAUGGUUACAGGGCGUCCAUGGGACUCCAUCAUGAAAGGCAUUGACAGGACUAAACCAACAUCAGAAGAGAAAUCUACAUUCCAAAACGAAUUACCGAAUUUUCUACAUUAUGUUACGCAAUGCUUAGAACAUGUGGACAGGCAAGCAUUGUUAGUACUUAAAACAAACGACCUGAUACGUAGUAUAGAGUACGCGCUAGGAACUCAGGACAGGAUGUGUGGUUUCAUGAUGAUGAGCAAGUGCUGCAUGCAAAGUAUAUAUCAACUUGAAUAUAAGAAUUCCAACUCUGUGAUCAGCCGGCAGUUUCUCAAUUUCAAGUAUGGAUGGUCAUUACUAUUAUUGUAUCUGUAUGGAGUCUAUUUAAAUUUACUUGACAAAUUUGUAUUAUUCUAGUACAAUUAUUUUAGGAGAAAUGUUCAUGUCACCAAAGACGUCUUAUUAUCAAACUUAUUUAUUAAAAUUGUCUUUUAUCAGUUUAUGGAAAUCGAGAAAAUGUAAUUAAUUAACAAAUAAAUGACAUUUAUACUUCAUAAAAAUGACGCAUGUUCAAUAUACAAUGUAUUAGGUGCUUUAUACUGUAUAGAAGUUAGUAAAUAGUAAUAAAUAUAGAUCCUAGUCAAAUAUCCCAGAACAUAAAAUACCUCUGAAUUAUAUGAAAUAAUAUUCGUAUAAUGAAAAUCGUUAUCAACUAUUUUGUAAAUAGAAUUCUAUUCAAAACGUAAGAUGUAUAUCUAUAUGUUAUUUAUUUACGGUUAUUAUAUCAGAUUAGAUAUUAAGCGUUAUUUUGGAAUAAAAUAAAAUUGUGUAUUUUCAUA